AUGUCACAGAAACUUUGCUGCGUGCCUGGUUGUGUGGAAAGUGGAGAUACACAUCCGGUGCUACAUCUCUUUCCCAACCCCGACAAGUACCCAGAUCGAUUUAGAUCAUGGGUAAUGGCUGUUGGAGGAGAUAUAUUGGGCCUGCGUAAUCUGUACAUCUAUGCCAAUCGCAAUUUGCACAAGGUACCUCAGUUUACUAUAAGAGACCGGAGACACCUCAGUGCUGUUGAGAAUAAACCUUCAACAUCUACAGACACCAGUGCACUUUUUGGCCCAGUAUUUAAUAUGAGUCAUCAUCUCUUCCAAGAAAGUAUGCCCUCAAUUACUAAAGAUAUUGGAAACAAAGAAAAUGUGGCACAUUCAUCACUCCAGGCAAAUGUUGCUAGUGUUACAAAGCCUACUACUAUGGACAUUGAAUACAACAUUUGUAUCUCAGAUGUACAGAUGCCUACACAAAAGCCAUCAAGCACUACCAAUCCACUAGAACAAAUGAUAACAGGUAAUUAUUCAAACACAUAA